GCAUAAAUUAACGAAAUAAAACAGAAUAAAUGAAAUUCAGUAUACUGGUGCUGAUUUCAUUCACAAGUGAAGGUGUCUGUUCUUAGUCUUUUUUCCGUUUGACUUGAAUCUGUUUACCCUUUUAUUUGUCUCACGGAUUUAUUGAGUACGCUGAGUGUGUUUGCACGCGGCUCAACUCACCAAGCUCAUCACUCCAUCUCUUGAACUUUCAAUUUGUCUUAAGUUUCAAUUUUUUUUUUCCAAUUUUUUUGUAAAUGUAAGAGCGAAAAAUUUUUCCACUUUUCUGGCAGUGAUUAAAUGACCUGAAAAAGUGGAAAAUCCUUGUGUUGGUUUGUUAUUUUUUUUCAUUUUUUCCGUGUAUUUGUGUGGUACGUCGUUUACCUAGAGACUUUACGAUGGCAAGUUACGAGAUUCGUGCUGAGUGCAUGAGCUCAAUGGAAGAGGAGUGCCUUAUUGAGAGACAAAGAAGCACCACCUUAAAGGAGUGCUCCGAUUUCCUCAAACUUGAAGGAUCACCGAAAUAUGGAAGAGAAUCUUUUCGAAAGCUUUUUCAGGAUGAGGUACUCCUGGGAAAAUUGUUUAUACUCUUUGAUCAAGACAGGGAUGGUCUGCUCAAACAAGAUGACUGGAUUGAAUUCCUCAAAGCCCGACUGACAAGUGACAAACAAACAGACUUCAUUGACCAGAUAGAAAGUGUUGCUUAUGUACUGUGUGAAGAUGAGCCAGUGGAUUUAAUUGCUUUUAAAAAAAUUAUUUUCGCCAAAGGGGUUAUCGACAAGUUAUUUCGAUUAAUCGACCAAGAAAAUACAGGCUACAUUUCACCAUCACAAAUAAUGGAGUUUUUAGUAGCAAUAAGUAAUCCACGAUCACCAGCAGGAUUCGAUAAAAGUAGUUUGGAAUGGCUGGAGAAGAUCUUCAAGCAGACAGUUGGAAAUGAACGAGAAAUACGUCGGGAGGAAUUCAAGAAAAUCGUUAUAUCGAAGAACCCUUUCUUCACGGAGAGAGUAUUCCAGAUAUUUGACAAGGACAACUCGGGUACAAUAUCUCUCCAAGAGUUUCUUGACGCGAUGCAUCAAUUCGCUGGGAAAACUCCAAACGACAAGAUUCGAUUUCUCUUCAAGGUCUACGAUAUAGAUGGCGAUGGACUGAUUCAAUAUCGAGAGUUGGAACAUGUGAUGAGAGCCUGCAUGGAGGAAAAUGGAAUGAAAUUUAGUGAUGAACAGAUUGAAGAUUUGACUCUUGCUUUGUGUGAAGAAGCUGAUCAAGAAAAUAGAGGAGCUAUAACAUUUGAAGCCUUGAAGAAGCAACUGGAGAAACAUGAAGGUCUCUUGGAGAAUCUAUCAAUCAGUAUAGAUCGAUGGUUAGUACCUGCCAAGCCUGAACAAUCUCCACGAUCUCCUCUAGGAUUCCUGAGUUCACUUAGACCAUAUCAAUUGACGAAACCAUAUUUAAAAAAUAAUUAUGUGUUCAUUACUUUCUUUUUGGGCUUCAUCUUUAUCAACUUUCUUCUGUUUGUCACAAGAAUUUAUCAAUAUCGGCAUGCUAAUGGAUUUACAAUUGUGGCUCGAGCAUGUGGACAAUGUUUAAAUUUCGAUUGCACAUUUAUCCUCAUUCUGAUGCUUCGUCAGUGCAUAACUUUUCUGCGAACGCACGGAUUUAAUUCAAUUUUACCUCUGGACCAUCACAUCUACUUACACAAAGUGGUUGGAGUGACGAUUGGUAUUCUAUCACUCGUCCAUACGAUUGCGCAUCUCUUGAACUUUGGUAUGGUCGUGAUCAACGAUGAAGUAUUAAACAGCUCACACUAUACCAUGUCAGAGUGGCUUUUGACUAGUAAACCAAAACUCUUUGGUCUUGUGAGUGGUGGAGCUAACCCAACGGGUGUUGCCUUGAUCAUCAUUCUGUUUGUUAUGGCUACGUGUUCAAUGCCCUUUGUUCGACGCGGAGGAUGUUUUGAGAUAUUCUACUGGUCUCAUUUGCUGUAUAUUCCCUUCUGGAUUCUAAUGAUAUUCCACGGACCAAAUUUCUGGAAAUGGUUUGUCUUACCCGGUACAAUUUACAUCAUCGAACGGGUACGACGUUUGAUGUGGCUCCGGUCACAGCGUGGGAAAACGUACAUAAGUUCUGGUCUCCUUCUACCAUCUCGAGUGACUCACCUGGUAAUUAAACGACCUGAACAUUUAGAUUUCCGACCUGGUGACUACGUUUUUGUCAAUAUACCAGUUAUUGCAAAGUACGAGUGGCAUCCAUUUACUAUCAGCAGUGCACCAGAGCAAGAGGAAUAUAUGUGGCUGCAUAUCAGAGCUGUUGGAGAAUGGACCAAUAGUUUGUAUGCAUACUUCGAGAAGGAACAGGAAAAACUUGAACAAGGCGACGUAAUAAUCGUAAAGGGAUGUGAAUCACAAAUGCAGAAUACACUUUCAAUGCCAAAAUCAACGUCUAUAACAAUAGAGAAAAAGAUAUCAAACGAUUCUCUCGAGGAUUCUCGGGGCUUGGAUAACCCUCGUUUCAUUCCAGACAGUGACAAGACAACGUCCAGUCCAAGUACCAAUACACCCACGACUUUUCUUUCAACUCCAGAAAAUUCAAAUGGAUGUGAAUUGGGUCGAUCUCUACAAGACAGAAAGCUGAGACAGCUACUUCUUAACAGUAAAAUACCGCUUGAAAAGUCAUUUUCAAUGCCGGACAUGCAGACUAAGCGCAAGAAGAGAGAACGACUGAUGGCACUAAGAGAUUACAUGAGAUCCGAGUCAGAGAGAAGCUUUGAUAAAACUAAAAUUCGACGAGCCCGACACAAGUCUCUAGGUUUAGCUUACCUCAGCCCGCAGAACAAAUCACUUGCACAGAGUUUUAGAUAUAUGAGAACAAAACCUACUAUUAUAGCUUUUAAGACACCGAGUCUGGAGGAUUGUAAACGCGAAAUCCCCACUGAUACGUCAGCUCAACAAAAUGAAGCUAGACAAAUUGUACUAUCUACAACCCUAGCUACUAUUGCAGCUGAGGAAGGAAGAGUAGAAAAUAAAAUUACACCAAUUGAACAAAAAAAUAAUAAUUCAUUUAUAGAAAAUCAAUCAUCUACUCAUGCUCCAAUAAACUAUCCUAUCGGAAAACCACUUGAGAUAUUUCUAGAUGGUCCAUAUGGAGCACCAUCCAGUCACAUCUUUCAAGCACAACACGCUGUCUUAAUCGCCACCGGAAUUGGAGUCACACCUUUCGCGUCAAUCUUGCAAUCAAUAAUGCAUAGAUAUUGGAAGGCACGACACACUUGUCCAAAUUGUCAAUUUCAGUGGGCAAGUGACAUACCCAUUACAGUCAUGAACUUGCGAAAGGUUGAUUUUUUCUGGAUCAACCGAGAUCAACAGUCAUUCGAAUGGUUUGUUAAUCUUUUGUCACAAUUAGAGAUGGAACAAGCUGAGCUUGGUACCACAAUGGAGAGAUUCCUUGAGAUGCAUAUGUAUAUCACAAGUGCACUCCAGAAGAAUGAUAUGAAAGCUGUGGGACUUCAGCUUGCUAUGGAUCUUCUUCAUGAAAAGGAAAAGAGAGAUUUGAUAACAGGUCUGAAGACAAGAACAAACGCCGGAAGGCCAAACUGGGACAAAGUGUUUAAACAGCUUCAAGACAAGAAGAAGGGAAAAAUAACAGUUUUUUAUUGUGGUCCACCCCAACUAGGAAGAAUUCUACGUUUUAAAUGCGAUCAAUUUGGUUUUAAUUUUCGAAAGGAAAGCUUUUAAAUUAUUCACGAGUUCAUUUUGAUUAUGUUAUGUUCUGCUCUUCUCUUCCUUCCCCUCUCUCGUUUGGUGUCUCUUUGAUUCGUCAUGAAAACUUGUACACCAUACGUGUACAGACAGUCAAUCAGCGAAGAGAGAUGUGGCAUUGAUAAUCCGUCGAUUAAUAAUCGUUGGUGUACACGACAGUCAGCAUAGCACGGGGGUUGAAUCGUGAGUAUGGAAGCACCAAUCGAUUGCGCAAAUGGAGCGAGAGCAAACAAGAAGACAUUCCCAUGUGACACAUCAUAUGUAUAAACGCGUCAAAGGAUAUCCUCAGGACAUAUCUAGAUGCACACGAGAUUUGUACUUGAGUUCAAUUAUCAUAAAUAAAUCAUAAAAAGUCCAUUUGCAAAAA